AAAAUAAAAAGUGUCAAAUAAUAGUGGUUGCAUUUUGACUGUUAGAUUCACCCAAUAGUUAAUGAGAAAAGAAUAUCAAAGGGGAUUACAAAUGUUGAUCAAUCCAAACAACUUUUCAUCUCUCUCACUCUCUCUCUCCAAAUUCUAAGCAUUUUUCACUGAAUCCAUACCAGCAGCAUCCACUAAAUAUCUGAGUGGGUAGAAGAAUCGUGUUGUCGAAUGGGUGCGUGCACUUCGAUUCAUCAUCAUAAAGCUUCUUCAAUGAAGGGACAAGUGCCUUUUGAUACUCCUAUUAAACCUGACCAUACAUCGGUCAUUCAUCCUUCUCCUACUGGAAAACUAGUUUCCGUUAUGGAUGAACAACAACAACUAAAACAGCCUUCUUCUCUUUCACCGGCUACUUUCUCCGAAUACGGUACUAGGGAGGAGACGUUUUUCGAUUCCCAAGCAUGGUUAGAUUCAGACUAUGAAGACGAGUUUAUGAGCGUUAAUGGGGAAUUCACCCCUUCUAGAGGCAACACCCCGGUGCACCAUAGCUUGACCCAAGGAACCCCACGAAUCAAUGUGGGUGCAACUAUCUUGAACCACGACGAGCUUCUCGGUUCCUCAUCCCAACCAUCUCCAACCCCAACAGAAAAGAGGAGGAGACUUUUGGACCUUUUCAAAGAAAGCCUAAGAGACAACAACCAUGAUCCUAAUUUUGAAAUUGCUGAACCAUCCAGCAAAGAUGAUCCAAUGGGCCCAGGCAAAGAUGGGCCGAAGCCCAAGAGUGAGAGUCAUGUGGGCUCUAUGUCAGGUUGCUUUAAGAGUUUGCUUUCUGUACGUAGCACUGGAAAGAAAAGCCCAAGCCCAAUUGUUGGGUGAUGAUUGAUAAAUUAGCUCUUGGACUUUGAUCGUGCACAAUGCUCGGGGCCGCAACUCGCAAACCGGAUUCUUUUUUGGGGCAUAUAAUGUAAAGUGGAAUUGACUUCUCUCAUUAUAUGUAUAUACAAUAAAAGAAUAUUAUAAUAAAAAAUAAGUUUUGCUA